CCGGGCCAGGUGUGCGCCCUCCUCGGGGCAGGCGGAGCGGCGGCUGGGGCAGUCCACAGCUCGGCGUGUGCUGUGUGUUUGUCUGCCCCCGGAGGGCUGGGUCCUCCUUAUUCACAGGUGAGUCACACCCUGAAACACGGGCUCUCUUCCUGUCAGGACUGAGUCAGGUAGAAGAGUCGAUAAAACCACCUGAUCAAGGAAAGAAAGGCACUGCGGAGCGCAGAGUGAGAACCCCGGGCGCCGCGCAGCGACCCCGCAGCGGAGCACCGCGGCCCGCCAUGCCCGCGCUCCGGCUGAGCUGCUGGCUCUGCUUGGCGCUGCUGCUGCCUGCGGCGCGGGCCACCUCCGGGAGGGAAGAAUGUGACUGCAAUGGGAAAUCCAGGACGUGUGUCUUCGACUUCGAGCUUCACAGGCAGACAGGCAGGGGACUCCGCUGCCUCAACUGCCAGGACAACACCGAGGGCUUUCACUGCGAGAGGUGCAAGGAGGGGUUUUACCGGCACAGAGACAGAGACCGCUGUCUGCCCUGCAACUGUAACUCCAAAGGUUCUGUUAGUGCUCGAUGUGACAACUCUGGACGGUGCAGCUGUAAGCCAGGUGUGACAGGAGACAGAUGUGACCGCUGCCUGCCAGGCUUCCGCAUGCUGACGGAUGCGGGGUGCACCCAAGACCAGAGACCGCUAGACUCCAAGUGUGACUGUGAUCCAGCUGGCAUCGCGGGGCCCUGUGACUCGGGCCGUUGUGUCUGCAAGCCAGCUGUCACUGGAGAACGCUGUGAUAGGUGCCGCCCAGGUUACUAUCAUCUGGAGAGGGGAAACCCUGAGGGCUGCACCCAGUGUUUCUGCUACGGGCAUUCAGCCAGCUGCCACAGCUCUGCAGACUACAGCGUCCAUAGGAUCACCUCCACCUUCCAGCGAGAUGCUGACGGCUGGAAGGCUGUCCAAAGAAAUGGGUCUCCAGCGAAGCUCCAGUGGUCACAGCGCCAUCAGGACGUGUUCAGCUCAGCCCGACGAUCCGACCCUGUCUAUUUUAUGGCUCCUGCCAAAUUUCUUGGGAAUCAACAGGUGAGCUAUGGGCAAAGCCUGUCUUUUGACUACCGUGUGGACAGAGGAGGCAGACACCCAUCUGCCCACGACGUGAUCCUGGAAGGCGCUGGGCUACGGAUCACAGCUCCCUUGAUGCCACUUGGCAAGACGCUGCCUUGUGGGAUCACCAAGACUUAUACAUUCAGGUUAAAUGAACAUCCAAGCAGUAAUUGGAGCCCCCAGCUGAGCUAUUUUGAGUAUCGGAGGUUACUGCGGAACCUCACAGCGCUCCGAAUCCGAGCAACGUAUGGAGAAUACAGUACUGGGUACAUUGACAAUGUGACCCUGAUCUCAGCCCGCCCCGUCUCUGGAGCCCCAGCACCCUGGGUCGAGCACUGUGUGUGUCCUGCUGGGUACAAGGGACAGUUCUGCCAGGAUUGUGCUUUUGGCUACAAAAGGGAUUCUGCAAGACUGGGGCCUUUUGGCACCUGUAUUCCAUGCAACUGCCAAGGGGGAGGGGCCUGUGACCCGGACACUGGAGACUGUUACUCAGGGGAUGAGAAUCCUGAUAUCGAGUGUGCUGACUGCCCCAUUGGUUUCUACAACGAUCCACAUGACCCCCGCAGCUGCAAGCCCUGCCCCUGUCACAAUGGGUUCAGCUGCUCGGUGAUGCCCGAGACGGAUGAGGUGGUGUGCAAUAACUGCCCCCCUGGGGUCACCGGUGCCCGCUGUGAGCUCUGUGCUGAUGGCUACUUUGGGGACCCCUUCGGAGAACGAGGCCCAGUGAGGCCCUGUCAGCCCUGUCAGUGCAACAACAAUGUGGACCCCAGUGCCUCAGGGAACUGUGACCGGCUGACCGGCAGGUGUCUGAAGUGCAUCCACAACACAGCCGGCGCCUACUGCGACCAGUGCAAAGCAGGCUACUUUGGGGACCCACUGGCUCCCAACCCAGCAGACAAGUGCCAAGCUUGCAACUGCAACCCAAUGGGCUCAGAGGCUGUAGAGUGUCGAAGUGAUGGCAGCUGUGUCUGCAAGCCAGGAUUUGGUGGCCUUAACUGUGAGCACCAAGCAUUAAGCAGCUGUCCGGCUUGUUACAAUCAAGUGAAGAUUCAGAUGGAUCAGUUCAUGCAGCAGCUUCAGAGCCUGGAGGCCCUGAUUUCAAAGGCACAGAGUGGUGGCGGAGCAGUACCCAAUACAGAGCUGGAAGACAGGAUGCAGCAGGCUGAGCAGGCCCUCCGGGACAUCCUGAGAGAAGCCCAGAUUUCAGAAGGUGCUAGUAGAGCCCUCAGUCUCCAGUUGGCCAAGGUGAGGAACCAGAAGAACAGCUUCCAGAACCGCCUGGAUGACCUCAAGAUGACAGUGGAAAGAGUUCGGGCCCUGGGAAGUCAGUAUCAGAACCGAGUUCAGGACACACGCAGGCUCAUUACUCAGAUGCGACUGAGCAUGGCGGAAAGUGAAGCUGCCCUGCGAGACACGAACAUUCCUCCCUUAGAGCACUACGUGGGGCCAAAUGGCUUUAAAAGUCUGGCUCAGGAGGCCACAAGAUUGGCAGACAGCCAUGUUGAGUCAGCCAGUAACAUGGAGCAACUGGCAAGGGAAACUGAGGAGUAUUCCAAACAAGCACUAUCCCUGGCCCGCAAAGCUCUGAGCGAAGGAGGCGGAAGUGGCAGCUUGGACAGCGCUGUGGUGCAAGGGCUUGCGGGAAAGUUGGAGAAAACCAAGUCUCUGGCCCAGCAGCUGUCAAGGGAGGCCACACAAACUGACAUUGAAGCAGACAGGUCUUAUCGACAUAGUCUCCGUCUCUUGGAUGCGGUGUCUCAGCUUCAGGGAGUCCGUGACCAGUCCUUUCAGGUGGAAGCAAAGAGGAUUAAACAAAAAGCUGACUCUGUUUCAAGCUUGGUGACCAGGCAUAUGGAUGAGUUCAAGCAUGUGCAAAGCAGUCUGGGAAACUGGGAAGAAGAAACCCAACAGCUCUUACAGAAUGGAAAGAAUGGGAGACAGAAAUCAGAUCAGUUGCUUUCCCGGGCCAAUCUUGCUAAAAGCAGAGCCCAAGAAGCCCUAAGUAUGGGUAACGCCACCUUUUAUGAAGUUGAGAGCAUCCUGAAGAACCUCAGAGAGUUUGACCUGCAGGUUGAAGACAGAAAAGCAGAAGCUGAAGAAGCCAUGAAGAGACUCUCAUAUAUCAGCCAAAAGGUUACAGAUGCCAGUGACAAGACCCAGCAAGCAGAAAGAGCCCUGGGCAGUGCUGCUGCAGAUGCCCAGAGGGCAGAGAAGUCCGCCAGGGAGGCUCUGGAGAUCUCCAGCGAGAUUGAGCAAGAGAUAGGGAGUCUGAACUUGGAAGCCAAUGUGACAGCAGAUGGAGCCUUGGCCAUGGAAAAGGGACUGGCCACUCUGAAGAGUGAGAUGAGGGAAGUGGAAGGAGAGCUGGCAAGGAAGGAGCUGGAGUUUGACAGGGACAUGGACACAGUGCAGAUGGUGAUUACGGAAGCCCAGAGAGUUGAUAUAAGAGCCAAAAACGCUGGAGUCACCAUCCAAGACACACUCAACGCGUUGGACGGCAUCCUACAUCUAAUGGACCAGCCUGGCAGUGCGGAUGAAGAGGGGCUGGUUUUACUGGAGCAAAAGCUUUUCCGAGCCAAGACGCAGCUCAACAGUCAGCUGCGGCCCUUGAUGUCAGAGCUGGAAGAGAGGGCACGUCGGCAGAGGGGCCACCUCCAUUUGCUGGAGACAAGCAUAGAUGGGAUUCUGGCUGAUGUGAAGAACCUAGAGAACAUUAGAGACAACCUGCCCCCAGGGUGCUACAAUACCCAGGCUCUUGAGCAGCAGUGAAACUCCCAGAGAGAUUUCUCAACUGAGGUUCUCCGGAUACAGAGCCUCAGAGCUCGAGAGCCAGCUCAUGUGGGUGGAGUGGGAUGGGAGCAUUUGAAUAUGUUUAAUGGGUGUGUGCAGAUCAACUGAACCUGACCCCAUCCCUUAAGAUCAUGGCCAGGUGGAUGUCUUCUUGUAUGAAUAUGAUACUCCCUGCCCCCUCAUGCUGGGCAAUGAGACUGAUCAAGGACCUGGACCCCAAAGGGUGUAUCAGAUGGAAGAACAAACUGCUCAGGCAGAUAUUUGCCUCAGAAUAGUUGUAAAUGGAAGUCUUGCAAUCUGGACAAGUGCUGCUGGGUUAUAGUCAGCUUAUUCUUUGAAUAAGGAAAAAUUGCUGACUUUGCCCAGGAUAAAAUUCUUCCCAGUGUUAGACAGAAAGUGAAAUGCAGCCACACUGUGGCCAAGAAAACACUAUUGCUUCAUAUUGUUCACUGGAAGUUUCUUGCUCAUCCGAGUUCCUCCUCCUUACCACCAGGACGUGACCACAUACUCCACUUGCAAGCUGGAAGAAGUGAACAGUGAUGGAGGGAGGACUGAAAGGCAGGCCCAGUUUGGGCAAUUGUGCUUGCUGGUGCCCUGCCACCUUCUAGUCUGGUCCUGAAGCGACGUCCUUUCUCUUAAUAAUGCCAUGGCAAGUUAGAGACUGUAUGUUUAUUAAAGCAUUUCCUACCAGCACAGCAAGCAUUGGGAAGAUAUUUACUUUUGAGUUACAGAGUAAUAGAAAACUGGCUUGGGCAUUGAAAGAAGAGAAAUUAUCUAGAAGAUUUAUUAGUCCUCAAUCUCAGUUUUCAACACUAAAAACUAUGUGCAUCUAUGU